AUGGACAACCGGCCCGCUUCCGAGUACGCACAGCCAGACCAAAAUUCUGCUGCUGCUGCUCACUACACCCCGCAACCUGAGGUCCGCCCUACGCCGCAGUACACACCGCAGCCGGAGGUUCGACCUAAUAUUUCGUCGGCCAACACUCCUCAGUCGGAUUACGGUCUGAACCCUCCGCCGACCGCCCGCUCGCCUGCCUACCAGGACUAUCUUCACCGUCCUCCCCAGUCCUACGCCCCCAACUCCCAACCCGGUGGUGCGGCAGGUAUGGCUCAAGCAACAAAUCCUUCGCUUCCGGCCAACAGCCCCACUUACCCUCCUCCCUACUCUCCUUAUCAACCUCAGGGACAUGAGAUGGCGCAGUACCCGGGUCACCCCCCUCCGCCUCAGCACAUGUACGCACGCCCAGAUUGGCCUCACAGCUAUGGACAACAGCAUCAUGGAUUGCCGGGACCUUAUGCUUCCCCGGCCACAACGGUCUACUCAUUUGUCCCGAUUCCUGGUGCACAGCAGCAUAAGCGUCCCCGUCGUCGUUACGAGGAGAUUGAGCGCAUGUAUAAGUGUGGAUGGAACGGAUGUGAGAAAGCAUAUGGUACUCUAAACCAUUUGAAUGCACACGUGACUAUGCAAUCGCACGGUGCAAAACGUACUCCUGAGGAAUUCAAGGAAAUCCGCAAGGAAUGGAAGGCUCGCAAGAAGGAGGAAGAGGCUCAGCGUAAGGCUAUUGAGGAGCGUGAGCGUGCUGCCGCCCAGGCCGCUCAGGCCAACCAGGUCGAACCUCCCAAUCCCUCUGACCCAUCCCACGGCCAGCCACCUGCUUAUGCCGGUGGAGUCCGCCCUCAACUCCCUCCGAUCGGAUACCAGCCCGCGGAUAGCCAGGUCCCCAGCCAGUACGGUGGUCCUCCUGGCGGUGGAAUGGUCUAUCAAAACAAUGCACAGAUGGCCUACCCUCCCAACUACCCUCACUCUCCCUACCAGAGCGGACCGGUGUACCCGCAACGUGAGUAA